AUGUCACUGCAGACCAUAACCUCGAAAGGCAUCUACCAUGGCCUGCCAACCUUCCCAGACGACCUCACUGGUCUCACCGCAAUCGUAUGCGGCGCCAAUGGCCUUUCGGGCGACUACAUGCUCCGUGUACUCUGCGAGUCCCCUAAACGCUGGACAAAAAUAUUCGCUUUGUCCCGCCGACCCUCAAGCAAACAAUGGCCAAGUCACGUAGAGCACGCCUCUAUAGAUUUUCUGAAGCCACCCUCCGAAAUCGCUGCUCAAAUAAAAGAGAAGAACAUCAAAGCCGACUACGUAUUCUUCUUCGCCUACACCCAACCCACCCCGAAAGAAGGCGGCAGCAUCUGGAGCGCCAUCGAAGAACUGGUCAAACAAAACACUCAACUCCUCCAAAACUUCCUCACAGCCCUCACCCUCACCUCUACCUCCCUCCCCAAAACCAUCCACCUCCAACUCGGGGUCAAAUACUACGGCAUCCACCUCGGCCCCACCACCGUCCCCCAAGAAGAAACCGACCCGCGCAUCCCCCUCGAACCCAACUUCUACUACACCCAAGAAGACUUCCUCCGCACAUUCGCCCACGAACACCACAUCUCCUGGCUAACCACCCGCCCCUCGGGUAUCCUCGGCGCCGUCCCCGACGCAGCCAUGAACAUCUCCCUCCCGCUCGCCAUCUACGCCUCCGUUCAAAAACACCUCGCCCUCCCCCUCGAAUACCCCGCCGACCUCGCAUCCUGGGAAACCAGCAAAGUGCUCUCCAGCGGACAAAUGAACGGCUACCUCGCCGAAUGGGCCGUAUUAUCCGGCCACGUGGACCAGAGCUUGAACGCGACGGAUGAUUGUGCAUUUACGUGGGAGAAGUUCUGGCCUCGACUGGCGGAACGAUAUAAUAUGGAUUGGAAAGGGCCGGAUGUGGAUCCGGACGCGGGGUAUAAGGAGGUCGAGACGCCGUAUACGCCCCCGCCUCGCGGGUUUGGUCCGCCGGGGAAGUUUCGGUGGAAGUUUACGUUUGCGGAGUGGGCGAAACGGGAGGAGGUGCAGGGGGCGUGGAGGGUGAUUGCGGAGAGGUAUGGGUUGCGGCAGAGGGAAUUGUGGGAUACGGAUCGGAUUUUUGGGUAUGUUGAUGCUGUGGUGGUGUGGUCGUAUCCGAUGCUGCUUAGUACUACGAGGGCGAAGAAGUUGGGGUUCUUUGGGUUUGUGGAUAGUACGGAGUCGUUGUUUAGUGUUUUGGAUGAGUUUGUCGAGUUGAAGAUGAUUCCGCCGAUUGAGUGAGGAUUGCAAUGUCUUAGGACAUGCAAUUGCCUCGCGUGUGAGAAUGAUGGGUCCUGUUAGAGUGCAGAUUGUCG